AUGGAUUACAACUUUGGCCAGGACGCCCCGUCUGGCUCUGGCUCCGGUUCAUCAAACUGGCUCGGAUUUGGUCAGCGCGUAACUGUCGCUUCUUCGUCACCGGGUGUGCCCAACACUAUGCCCGAGGCUGAUGAUGCUUCUUUCGCCGAGUCAUAUCGCCCAGAGGCUUCUCCUUUAUUCAAUCCUCUUUUCAUGCCCCGAAACCAGGCUCCUGAAGGUGCACCGUCGAAUGCUUUAAGCCCUGGUCCUCCUCCUAGCUGGCCCUGGCAACGCGAUGCAACCUUCAACAGUGACGGUCUCGAGUCCCCCGAUGUCUCUGCUCUCCCUGAGCAGCCUUCGCGUUAUUCUGAUCCCCCCGAAGAUGAUACGCCACAAGAAUCCGCUAUCGUAGAGGAACCGACUGAUGCGCAUCAUAUUACUUCACCCGAACGUGCCCCAUUCUCGCCGCCGCAGGAGCCUGCUGCAGGCACGCAAGAGAACUCGAUAAUCCAGUCAAAUCUCACCGAGGAAGUGGUCGCGGAGGGAGGCAUGGAUCCCGUUGUAGAGGAGUCACGCGUUGAGAUUUAUGAGCAUACCGAGACCAUUGUCCAGUCCUCGGAAAAGGAGCCCGAAGAAUUGCCUUCCCAACAAGGACUUGACAAUGUUGUUGAAAAUGGCGAAGCCGAUCGCGUUGAGGAAACACCUACCCAGACACCCAUUGAACAAGCGGUCGGCGACAAUAAGACCACCGAUGAGCAACAGACCCCAGCGCAAAAUCAAUCCAAAUCACCAGAGCUCGCCUCAGCUCCUGCCACAGGAUCUAGCUCUCUUAAAAACGCAUUGCUUUCAGUUGGCAGAGGUAUAAUGAAGCGUAUGUCGGCGCCGCCUCCGGCAGUCGUGGCGACACCUCAACCAGAAGACUCCCAGAAUCGAAGAGCCACUUCAACACAAUUAGAACAACAGACCGAAAGAGCUGGUUCUACUCCCUCACUAGUCGUUGAACUGAAAUCAAUGUCGGAGCCUGAAAAGGCAACAUUCACUUCCCAAGCUCCUGCACCUGAGGAUGGGCCGUCGCACGAGGAAGAACCUACUGCACAAGCAUCCGCAAAGCGGAGCCGACGAAGCACACAAGCGGUUGUGGAAGAGUCUUCGGGGUCUGGCACAAAACCCACUCGUGGCCGCCGAACUAUUGCUUCUGCGCCAACUUCACCCGCGGUUAAGAACGCUCCGUCGUCAGCCCAGAAACGAGCCCGCAAGUCCAUGCCUGCAAGUGUUCUCGCGGACCAGACCCCCAGAAAGCGAGGACGCCCGCGAAAGAGCGAUGCUGUAGCGACUCCAGCCGCGCCCCCAAGUACCGCAAAGAGAGGCCGACCCAGAAAGUCGGAUGCCACUCCAAUCACUGUCCCCAGCGCAUCAAAGCCCUUGUCUGCUAGAGGCCGUCUCGUUGCCAGUGCUAGCAAGGCUGUAACGACACCUCGAAAAGCUACGACAGUCCGGACACCUAAGACUGCAAUUGGACUCCGUGCCGCAGCGACUCCUACGACAACACCAAAGCCACGUGGCAGGCCACCGAAGAACCCUCCUCAGCCAACAGAAGAGGAAGAAGUCGAGCCAGAAGCGGAAGCGCCCAAGCGUGCUGGUCGGGCAAAGCGAGGUGCCGAGUUGACUGAUGAAGCUCCUGCCGCAAAGAAAAGCACCCGCACGGUUAAGCCACGUACAGUUCCCUCUCCAGCCAAGCGAGGCCGACCUACAAGAAAGGCUGCUGCUGCUGCUCUCCCUGCAGCUGAGAAAGCAGAGCCUGUAGCAAAACGUGGCCGCCGAACUGCAGCUGCACCUAAAGAAGAGGCGCCCGCCGAAGCUCCCAAGAAACGUGGUCGCCCUGCUUCCAAGGCUGAGGCGCCAGCAGGUGGCGAAUCUUCUCCAGAGCCCAAGACGCGAAAGCGAGGUCGUGCUGCAGCUGCUGAGGACACCGCGGCUGAAGAGCCGGCGCCCAAGAGACGUGGUCGUGCUACCAAGUCUACUCCAGAGGAAAAGCCAGCAUCGGCUCCCAAUCGACGUGGAAGGGCAGCUGCCUCAAAGGCCGCCGAAGAGGCCGUAGCUGAGCCUGCACCUGCAAAGAAGCGUGGAGCUGCCAAGACAGCUACUAAGUCGGCCGAGAAUACUGCAUCUGGGCCCGAGUUGGCUCCCAAGAAGCGAGGACGUGGAGCUGCCUCAGCCAAGGCCACUGAAGGUGUUCCUGCUGAGACCGCUACCACAAAGCGUGGUCGUUCUAAACGCACAGCACCUGAGCCUGAGCCUGAAGUUGAAGCACCCGAGCCUGCGGCCAAGAAGCGACGCACAACACGCAAAGUCGAGGAGCCAGUUGAGGAACCAAGCAAAUCUACAGGCCGGAAGACAGGACGGUCUACAAAAGCUGCCAAGGAAGUGGUGGAAGAGCCCGCACCUAAGCGUGGUAAGUCUACUCGCUCCAAGGCCGUUGAACCCGAAGAGCCGAAGCCUGCUGCGAAGCCUCGUGGUCGUGCUGCCGCGAAGAAGGCACCGGAGCCUGCUGUCGAAACCGAGGCUGAGGCCGAACUAGAGAAGCCCAAGGCUCGUGGACGGCCCGCAAAGGGAAAGGCUGGAAAGGGAGAGCUCCCAAGCUCAAAGACUGCUGAAGCUCCUGCUCCAAAGCGAGGACGAGGAGCAGCCAAAGCAACAGCCACCAAGGCCAAGGGCUCUGCUCCUACCGGCGUGACUAAGACAGGCAGAGCAGCACAAACUGGUGUACGAAGGGGACUGCGAUCAAGGGGUUGA